AUGUGUUAUCCUGGUGAAAGAGGACAUCGUAUUUACCUGCUCCUUUUAACCUUUUCUGUAAACUUCUACCAUGGAAUUUCCUUGUCUCUUCCCCUAACAGCUGCUCCAAUCUUUAAGGAUACACCUUUUGCAGUCAUAUGGAACGCACCUACACAUGUGUGCCAAAACCUCAAGAUUUCUUUGGACUUUUCUGUCUUUCAAGCAGUGACCACACCAGCCAGUGAACCUAAUCAGUUUCUUUUCCUGUUCUACUCCAAUCGGCUCGGACUAUACCCAUACACAGAGCCUAGUACAGGGAGGCAGGUUAAUGGCGGCAUUCCACAGAAAGGGAACCUGACAGCCAGCCUUAUGAAAGCCCAUAAUGAUAUCAUCCAGUAUAUUCCUGAGUUCACCCCAGGUUUGGCUGUGAUUGACUGGGAGGAAUGGCGUCCACUGUGGGCCAGGAACUGGGCCUCCAAAGACAUCUAUCGGAAGCUUUCCAUUCAGUAUGCAAAGGAAAAUAAUCCACUUCUAUCCCCCAGUGAGGUUGAUUCUGUUGCUAUGCAGCAAUUUGAGAACACAGCCAAGGCUUACAUGGAGAAGACCAUGCAGCUGGGGAUCAAACUGCGUCCAAACUACCUCUGGGGCUUCUACCUGUUUCCAGAUUGCUACAACUAUGGGUGGGGUAACCCAGACUACACAGGUGAAUGCCCAGCGAUUGAGAAAAGCCGCAACAAUGAGCUCUUUUGGCUGUGGGAGUCCAGUACAGCUUUAUUUCCCUCAGCAUAUUUGCCACUCAGCCUGAGGGAGCAACCUGACGCAGCUCUGUUUGUCCGGGGUCUUGUGAAGGAAGCUGUGAGGGUGUCCGCUCUUCCAAAGUCUCUCUACACCACACCAAUUUAUGUCUACUUACGUCCUGUCUUCAGAGAUCAGAACAAAAUAUUUCUCUGUGAGGCAGAUCUAGUCCAUACUAUUGGAGAGAGCGCAGCUUUAGGUGCAUCAGGUGUAGUGCUCUGGGGUGCAAGUGUUGACUACAACAGCAAGUCCUCAUGUGAAGCACUGGCUGCUUAUCUGCCCUCUACACUUAACCCUUAUGUGGCCAACGUAAGUGCAGCUGCAAAACUCUGCAGUCAGACACUGUGCCAAGGCAAUGGUCGCUGUGUCCGCCAGAACCCCGACUCAGCAGACUACCUGUACCUGAACCCAAAUAACUUCAGCAUUCAGCAGCAUGGUGGGAAAUAUGUGGCUGUCGGUGUGCCUUCUCAAAGUGAUCUUAAUAUCUUUAUAAACAGCUUUUCCUGUCAGUGUUAUGUAGGUCAAGUGUGUUCUGCCAACACAUCCAUUUCAGUACCUAAGACUCCAGUAGUAAUUCAAGUGUGAUUUGAAGUUCUUCUUGCUACCUGUAUGAAUUACUGUAAAAUUAUGC